ACUUACAAUUUUAUUUCAUCUUCUGCAGAUGAAAUUCCACUCAGUCGUCCCAAAAAAAAGAAACCUAAAGGAAAGACUCCAUUAGAUGGCAUUGUCCAAGCAGCAGUUCGUCGACAGUCUGAAAGCAGUGAACCCCUAACUCCUGAACCUCAGGAUGUCCCUCCUCAGAGGAAACGCAAGAAGAAGAAAGUACCUGUUGAUUCUGAGACCUCUUUUACCCAGCAAAAUGUUGCAUCCCUGUUUCAGAAUGGAAAUGGCAUGGAUGUCCCUGAAACUGAAGAAACAGUGAUCCGCAGACAGAGAAAAAGAACAAAGAAACCUCGGCCAGCUGAAAUGCAUUGUUCCAAUGAGCUGGAAGUGGAGGAGGAAGACAUCAUUGAAGAUGAGCACAGCAGGAGCCCUGAUCAGCAGCCUGUGUUUGCUGCUCCCACUGGAGUUAGCCAGCCUGUGAGCAAAGUGUUUGUUGAAAAAAAUCGGCGUUUUCAGGCAGCUGACCGUGCAGAAUUGAUUAAAACCACUGAAAAUAUCAAUGUACUUAUGGAUGUCAAGGCUUCGUGGACUACCAGAGAUGUUGCCCUCUCAGUGCACCGAAGUUUCAGGGUGAUUGGACUCUUUACCCAUGGCUUCCUUGCUGGCUACGCUGUGUGGAACAUCAUUGUUAUCUACAUUUUGGCAGGAAAUCAGCUUUCUACAGUUUCUAACCUGCUCGAGCAGUAUAAGGCACUAGCAUACCCAGCUCAAAGUUUGUUCUAUUUGUUGCUGUCUGUCAGUACAGUCUCAGCCUUUGACAGGAUUGAUUUGGCAAAAGCAUCAGUUGCACUGAGGGGCUUUCUUACCCUAGACCCAGCAGCAGUAGCCUCUUUCUUGUACUUUGCUGCUCUUAUCUUAUCCUUAAGCCAGCAGAUGACAUGUGACAGAAUUAACCUCUACACACCACCUUCAGAAAAUGGCAGCAUCUGGAUGGCAGGUACAGAGCAAGAAAUUGUUCAGCCAUGGGUUGUGGUGAAUCUGGUAGUGUCUAUUCUAGUUGGGACAAGUUGGAUCUUCUUGUCUUACCGACCAGAGCUAGACCACAGUGAAGAACUGAUGUUUCAUGCUGAAAUCAAGGAAUUUCCUCAGGGAGAUAUCUUACCCAGAGUCCAGCCAUAGUGUGGAACAAGCGUCUGAAAAUGUUGUAGCUGUGACUGAUGGCUCAACAUGUUGUGUAUUAUAGCCACGUAUGAUAACUUUCAUAAAGAAGAAGAAUGUA